CUGGAGCAAGCUAAUACAUGUAUACGAGAGUUAUAUAUUCAAUUUGUAUUGUUAUUAGCAUAUAUAGUUAAAUUUACAUAUUUGUAUAUUAUUUCCAUGUAUGUAUCUUUCCUUGUAAGUAAUCGGGCCUGGCCCAACGUAGCCUCAAACCUACUUGUAUUUAUACGUUGUGCAUACUCAAUGAAAACCAAUUCAGUCUUUUACAAAUUUCUACAUGGUAUCGGAGCCAAUUUCCCGGGAUUCGUUUAAACCCUAGGCUCGUUUUUUCCGUGCCGUCGCCGGCACUACUUCGACCGGCUCACGACAGUCACCGAUCGGCUCACAUCGGUCUCCUCCACAACGCCGGCUCACGUCAGAUACAUCGCCGGUGCCUCACGUCACCAUGGCAGCCGAAACACCAAAGAAGGUACGGCUCAUCCACGAUCCAACGUCACCCUAUUACAUUCAUCCGUCGGAAAGCGCAGGUAAUUCUCUGACAAAACAUCUUCUUAAGGGUGAUAAUUAUGAUAUUUGGGAGAAAACUAUUGUGAACGCUCUUGAGGGGCGAAGUCGAGCAGGUUUUUUGAUUCCUUCCGGGUUUCCAAAGCCUACUGAUGAACAGGAACUUGCAGCAUGGAAAGCCAAUAAUUCUAUCAUUUGUUCUUGGAUCUGUAACAGUGUUGAACAUAUUCAACCGUCUAUUAUUUCUCAUAAGGUUGCUCAUGAAUUGUGGUUGGAUUUGAAGACUCGGUAUGGGGGAUCCAAUGGUCCUAGUGUGCAUCAAUUAAAAUCCGAAUUUCAAUCCCUGCGUCAAAAAGGUCAAACUGUGGUUGGUUAUUAUAAUCAAUUUGUGACUUUGUGGAACAAAUUGUAUGGUUCUGUUGAUCCCACCUGCGGCUGUCGCUGUGAAGCCGCGUCUUUUAUCCGUGCUUGGGAAGAACAGGAGAAAACUCACCAUUUUUUGCUUGGCCUAGACGAUGAACAGUUUGGUCACAUCCGUUCUCAGAUCAUCGCUACCGAACCUGUUCCGGAUAUACACCGGGCGUAUGCAUUGAUUGUCCAAGAAGAACGGCACAAAAGUAUCGUCCAUGGUCGGGAUGACCGCACGAACGCAGUAGCCUUUGCCAUGCAGCGCCCUACACCUCCUGCGGGCCGUGGUGACCCGCCUCACUACUUGUGUACUCACUGCGACAAGGACGGGCAUUCGGUGGAUCGAUGCUAUCAAUUACAUGGGUACCCCCGGGAAAGGGCCGGGGCUGUGGCAGUGCACCCAACCGUGGAGGAUGGAGUGGCGGCCGUGGCAUGUCGGGCAGCAGUGGUGCUCCUGGCCGUGGGUCUGGAACGGCGAUAGGGGGAACAAACCCGGCUACAAAUUCCAACGCCCUCGGUCUCACACCCGACCAAAUGACACGCGUGCUUUCCAUGCUUGAUACCCCUUCAUCUGACAAAGCUUCUAGCCCUAGCGGUGAUUCUUCUUCUCGUGAGUGGCUUAUUAAUAGCGGCGCUUCGCAUCACAUGACCGGUAAUAUCUCAUAUUUGUCUAAUGUGGUUUCUAUGAGCCCUUGCGUCAUCACUUUACCCAAUGG